UGACUUUACUAAAGCUUUAAGGCAAGAAGCUGUGCAAUGGGCAUGCUUUCUUAAAUUGUACAAUUGUCUAAAAAUGGCCAACAAUCAAUUGAAACAACAUCUCGAAAUUUCUACAAAACUUUUGCCGUCGUGGAAGAAAUGGACUUAUUGUUACGGUUUGCAGACAGCAGACAAUACUACUUGGCACGAAAUGCUGAAUAAAAUAAGAGGAAAUAAUGAAAAAAUUUUAUACUUUUUAACUUGCCCAAAUCAUCUGGUUGAGAUAAACAACUAUAUAUUAACAUCUUAUACAAAAAAUGAUUUUGAGCUUAAUUAUAAGCCUCCGCAAUAUAAUACAGAUAAUUACCAAUCGUCUAUGUCUCUCAUAUCAUAUAACAGUAUAAUAACUCAAUACGCAUUAAGACAUUUUGUUUUUACUAUUGCGAAUAGUACAAAGAACAUUAAAUCAUUUAGAAACUUAUUAAAAGAUUUUGAAAAUAUAACACCCAGUCGAGUCUCAAUGCCUGCAGCAUUACUCAUUCUUAUUAAUAAUAUGUAUUCUUACCAACAACUUGAUAUGAUAUACGAUUUUUUCCAAAGCUUCGAGGAAUAUCGAAUUUAUAAUAUAUACAAUAAGAUAAAAACACGUAAGUUUCAACUUAACAGUCUUGAAUUGUUGCUUAAAAAUGUAUCUCCAAAGCCUAUAUAUGUAUAAUCGAUAUUAUAAUUACAGUUAGCAAUACUUUCAUAUACUUUAUAUCUCCUAUUGUUAAAACAACAUAGAUAUGAAACAGACAAAUGUAAUUACUGCGCUUAGUUUAUUGUUUCGCUUAUUUUGAUAUUUCAUAAAUUAUUGUAUCGCAUUUUAAUAGAUUUUAAAAUUAAUGACUAAUCACGAAAUAACGUAUCAUCGGAUCGGUGAUAUUUGAAAGAGAGAAAUAAAAAAUUAUUGUUAUCUCUCGUAAAGCUCUUCGGAUACUGUAACAUAUUGGAUAUAUAUAUAUAUAUUAGAUAUUAUUGCAUGCGAAUUGCAUUAUUAGCAAUAUUUUUCGGCGAAUUUUUUUGCGGGUUCCGCGCUGAGAUUGUAAAUUCAAAGCAGUGAAUAUUGUAAAUGAAUAAAAUGUUUUAUGUUUCUAAGUAU